AUGCGUAUAAACGCAAUAUACAUAGCAGUUUGUCUGCUUCAAAAUUCUCCUGCUGUUGAUGCCAAACCCCUCGGUACCAGCCAAUCGAGCCUGCAAGUGCCAUUGGAGGACCUGGAUCCUACACACCAUCAGCAAGCUUCCUCCAAACGUCUGCAUGGCCGAUUCCUGCACAUUACAGAUUUACAUCAAGAUCCUCAUUAUAAAGCCUUUUCCUCCACCGACGAAGAUGAUGCUUGCCAUCGAGGGAAAGGGACCGCUGGCACAUACGGGGCAGAAACUUCUGACUGCGACACUCCUCAUACCCUCGUAGAUGCGACUUUCAAAUGGAUAAAGGAAAAUGUGAGGGAUAGCGUGGACUUUGUUGUAUGGACAGGGGACAGUGCACGUCACGAUAGCGAUGAGAAGAUUCCUCGAAUCCAAAGCGAAGUCCUCGAUACCAACAGAAAGAUCGCAGAUAAAUUCUUGGAGACUUUUGGGGAUGGGGAAGAUUUAUCGAUUCCGGUUAUAUCAACAUUUGGCAAUAACGACAUCCUUCCACAUAAUAUUUUACUUUCGGGUCCGAAUAAAUGGUUGAAAACGUACACGGACAUAUGGGAUAAAUUCAUACCAGAAGAGCAGAGGCAUGGUUUUCAACGUGGAGGAUGGUAUUAUGUCGAGGUUAUUCCUAAGAAAUUGGCCGUCUUCAGUCUCAAUACUUUAUACUUUUUCAGCCAUAAUGCUGCUGUGGAUGGUUGCGCAUUACGCUCAGAGCCCGGAUAUGAACAUAUGGAAUGGCUUCGAAUUCAACUACAAUUUAUGCGCGACCGAGGAAUGAAGGUUAUCCUUACCGGACAUGUACCUCCAGCUCGAACAGAUAGCAAAUCACUUUGGGACGAGACUUGUUGGCAAAAAUAUACCUUGUGGCUUCAGCAAUAUCGAGACAUUAUUAUUGGAGGUUUAUACGGACAUAUGAAUAUUGAUCAUUUCAUGAUACAUGACACUAAAGAUAUUGAUCUCUUGUUGUUUGGGGGUAAAUCGGUUGCACCUCCUCGCGCGCUAAUGGACGAUGAGUUUACAAUUCAAUCCGCUGGAGAUUACCUGGAAGAUCUUCGAGAGGAUUGGUCUGUAUUGCCUAAUCCAAAAAACCUACCCAUCUCGAUGGACAUUGGCGAAGAAGAUUUGGACUACUCAGAGUUGUAUAAUGCCUCCGAUGAGAAAAAAAUUAAGAAGGACAAGAAGGGCAAGAAGAGCAAGAAGGAUAAGAAGAAAGACAAGAAGAGGAAAGAGCUGAAGAAAUUUGGAGGUCCAUGGGGUGAAAGAUUCAUCGUAACAAACGUCGGACCGAGCAUUGUGCCUAAUUAUUUCCCUACUCUUCGAGUGAUUGAGUACAACAUCACAGGAUUGGACGACACAGCGACCUGGUCUGAUUCACUCGUGGAAAGUAGUGAACAAAUUGAUUGGCUUGAUCAAGAAGACGAGGAUCGAUUUAACGUCGAUGCCAAUGUAGAUUCGACAGACUAUAUCUAUGCGAACGAUGACAAUGCCUCUGCCGAGAAAAAGAAGAAGCACCACAAAGACAAGAAGAAGAUCAAGAACCCGACACCAUCCAACCCAGGAUUUAUCAUUCCAUCUCCCCCUUCGAAAGAUGCACCUCCUGGUCCGGCAUACUCUCCGCAAAGUUUGACGUUACUCGGGUAUACUCAAUACUUUGCAAAUUUGACUUACAUCAACAAUCUUGAAAUGACAUCAGAGGAAUCCGACGAUGAAAUCGAUACGGAGAAAUGGCGUAACGGUAAGCAUGGCGGAAAGGUUCCCAAAGACGAUGACCCGAAUCCACGCGCCUUUCACUAUCAAGUCGAGUAUGAUACUUUCACGGAUCCAAUCUACAAGCUGAAAGAUAUGACGGUCAAGAGUUAUCUCAAGCUUGCUCAUAGAAUUGGAAAAUAUAAACCCCAAAAGGGGGAUCGUGUCAAGGACGGAGACAUAUUAGAGGAACCUGAAGUUUACGAAGAUGAUAUAGAGAAUAGAGAUAAUGAUAAGAAGCCGGCAUAUAUUCCUGAGGACGAAAGUAUAGAAGAUCCUGAAAAUCACGAUAUCGAUGCCGAGAAAAAGAAGCCAAAAAAGCACAAGAAAAAGAAGCACCAUCGCAAACAGAAGGAAAAGAAUAGAGUUUGGCUCAGCUUUGUUCAACGUGCUUUUGUCGGUACUCUAGAUGAGGAUGAUAUCAAAGCUUUUGACGAUGAAUUCGAGAGGCAUGCCGAAGAGUCACUGAACCCUAUUCCUCAUAGGGUAGACGAUGUACAUGGAUUGGAAUUGUGA